UCGUGCUUGCAUCGAGGCAGUCCGUCGUUAGCCAGCUUCGCCGCCAUGACACCGCGGAGAUCCAGCGACGCGAGUCACGCGUGUGACGAUUCGUCGCUGCACAGGCUGCUCAGCGUGCUCACAGAUGGCGCUGGUGUGCCCGCCGCGCACAAGGGCGCGUGGGCGGGUGAGGAGUCAGCGGGUCCGAGCGAGGGUGGGAUAGAGAUGGCGCGUCUGCUAGCUGACAUGGACCAUGCGCAGCUGUACGAGGACAUUCAAGAUGGCGGCUCUGCGGCUUUACAUUCAUUCGAGAUUUCUGCGGAGUCGCGUUCAUCAUUGGCCGCCUUCGACGACCAAUUUCCAGCAGUGAUUUUCCAAUAAUUUACAUAAUGGUGGUGUUUGAAUGUGCGUCAAUUGUUAACGUUCAGUAGAGCACCCAUAUAUAUAUAUAUAUAUAUAUUUAUUUAUUUAUCCGGGAUAUUUAUAUAAAUUAUCGAAAAAUUAUAACUGAGUGGUGAUGCCAGGAUUC